CUAUUUUAUUAUGAGUGGAUAUCAGCAAAAGGAAAGUAUUAAAGUCGAUGAUUUCGUCGAUGUAGAUAAUGCUGAAGCUGUUGAGACUGGGCCUACAGAAUCCUUUGAAGAGCUCAAGAGUAAAUUUGAUAUUAAGAAAUUGAUCACACAAUUUGUGAUUAAGAAAGAAAAUUUUGUAUUUACAAAGAAAAAUUCUUUAUAUGAAGACUAUAAAUUGGACGGGGAGCUUGGCAAGGGAACCUAUGGUGUUGUCUAUAAGGGAAUUCAUACUGACACAGGGGAUAUCCGUGCUGUCAAACAAAUUUCUAGGAAGAAAAUCAAGAAAAUAGAGAGGUUUUUAAACGAAGUUCAUGCUUUGAAGACACUUGAUCAUCCCAAUAUUAUUAAGUUAUUCGAGAUUUAUGAAGACACUGAAAACGUCUACCUCGUUCAGGAGAUGUGUGAGGGUGGAGAGCUGUUCGAUCGGAUAGUUGAAAAUGGCUACCUUAGUGAGAAGCAAGCAGCUGAGCUAUUCCUGCAGAUUCUUCAAUCGAUUCUGUAUUGAAAUAAGAACAGGAUAUCUCAUAGGGACCUUAAGCCUGAGAAUUUUAUGUUUAAGUCAAAGGAUAAAGACUCUAUGCUUAAGCUGAUUGAUUUCGGUCUCUCAAUGUCAUAUUUCAAGGUUGAUAAAAAUACUGAGAAGAGUAGCGUGGUCAGGAUGAAGACCAGAGCAGGGACUGCCUUCUUCAUGGCUCCAGAGGUAAUCUCCCAUGAUUACACAGAAUCCUGCGAUAUGUGGUCGGCCGGUGUUAUGCUCUAUAUUAUGCUAUGCGGAUACCCUCCAUUUUAUGGAGAGAACGACCAAGAAAUCUUAGAGGCUGUGAUUGCAGGCGAGUAUGACUUUGACGAUGAAGUUUGGGAUGAAGUUUCUGAUGAAGCAAAGGAUCUCAUCAAUAACCUCCUUAAGCCAGAACAAGAGAGGCUGACUCCUAAAGAGGCUCUCCACCACCCAUGGGUGAAAAACCGUGACAAGAACAUUGAUGUACCAAAUAAGCAUCUUCAUCGUCUAAAGAGUUUCCAGAAAUCCAAGAAAUUAAAAUAAGGCUGCUUUGACUUACUUAGCAAGUAGGACUACUGAUGAUGACAUUAGCGAGGAAAUGCAAAUCUUCUUGAAACUUGACAAAAACCGGGAUGGUUACAUCACUCUGAAGGAACUCAAGGAAGGUAUGAAGGAAGUUGAAAAUAUCGAUGAAAUUGCCGAAAUACUAAAAGGCGUUGAUAUCGACAAUAAUGGCGCUAUUAACUACACUGAGUUCAUUGCUGCCACACUUGAUCAAGAUAAAGUAGUCAAUGAGCAAAUGAAAAUGAAAGAUGCCUUCAAGGUCUUUGAUAAGGAUGGAGAUGGCCAGAUUGAUGAAGAAGAGAUGAGAGCUGCCUUUGAUUGAACUGAUGGCGAAGCUUUCAAAGAGAUUAUACAAGAAGCUGACUCUAAUGGAGAUGGUAAGGUAGAUUAUGAGGAAUUCAAAAAAGUGAUGCAGAAUGUUUAAGGUCAACCAACGCUUUCAUU